AAGCAGCAUAGUGAUACCAGCCGGUGCCUUCGUGUAUUUGACGCCCUGCUGCCGCUGCUGGGACUCGGACGGCUGAUUAGAUGCUCCGAAGACGGCGAUCGCAGGGGUGACAUGACUCUUACCAGAGGAUCUUUCACCUAUGCCACUGGGGAAGAAUACCAUGGUGAAUGGAAAGAAGGCCGGAGGCACGGUGUUGGUCAGCUCAAGUUUAAGGACGGAAACUGCUACUCAGGCCAAUUUGAGAAUGGGCUCUUCCACGGUUUAGGCGUGCUGCUAUUCACAGAUGGCUCGAGGUAUGAAGGAGAAUUUUCACAGGGAAAGUUCCAAGGUACAGCAGUCUUCAGUAAGUACAAUGGCAUGAAGUUUGAAGGGGAAUUCAAAGAUGGACGUGUUGAGGGAUACGGGCUGUUGACUUUCCCAGAUGGGGCUCACGGUUCCCCACGAAAUGAGGGCUUCUUUCAAAACCACAAGCUGCAGAGGAGAGAGAAAUGCCCAGGAGUGGUGCAGCGAGCACAAGCUUCAGCCUGCAGCGCUCGCAGUCUGGCACUUUGACCUCGGUAAUCCUGGAGGAGACAUGAUCAUGGUCCCGGCACCUUCCAGAAGGGCAUCAGGAAUGUAACGCCAUUCCAGCUCUUCUGUAUUUCUCUUUUUUCAUCAUCACUUUCUUGUUUCGGUUUUGCAUCUGCCUCGAGUAGCCUUCACAGUGGCGUGGAAUGCACAUGCAGUUUGACCAAACAAACCAUUUCUGUACAGCUGUUGCAAAUACCACAACACCACCAAGCACAUGCUUAACAGCAGAAUUUUUAAGCAGCGCAUGCUGCUCUUUAUUUCUCCGAGUUGUGUAUUCCUCAGCAGUGUAACAGUGAUUUGCUUGAGACAAGCGAGUUUUGGACCUAUUGUUGCUUCGUUAUUGCACAUAAGUUGGUUGUUGAAAGGGGUCAUAUUGUGGACAUUUAUUUUCUGCAAACUAAUAUAGAUCGCUAAGAGUUUUAUUCAGGCUUGUAGCCAAAAAUACCUCAGACACUGAGAUGAUGCAACCCCCACCCUCCAAAAAAAACCUCCCA